AUGAAACGCAUGCCUUUCAAAGUUAUUCUCAUUUCUCUAUCAGGAAGUAGUAAACUCGAUUAUUAUUCUAUCGAAGAUUCCGAUAUGUCGGAAAGUAGUGAAGAAGAACCUGAUUACAUACCCCAUGUUGAGACCACGUUGGACUUUAGAGGAAACAUCAGGAAAUUAUUUGUCAUAGAACUAGGAUUAGACAGUCAUGGGCAAAAUAUCAUAUGUUCACCACUAUCAGCAAUGAUACCAUUAGCAAAAUUAUUACUUGGAGCCAAGAAACAUUCUAAUUCGAAAAAGGAAUUGUUGGAUGCUCUUGGUAUAAAACAUUCAUAUGAGUUAAAAAGCACCUACAAGCAGAUUCUUAAAGAAAUUGAAUACUUAAAAGGUGUUCAGACAAGCCUCGCUAGUAGAAUCUACAUUUCUAGCGUAUUCAAAAUGGUAUCUCAAUUUAAAAAGAAAAGUCAAAGCAUAUUUGGAUCAGCAAUAGAAUUAAUCGAUACAACAAGACCAGCCAAAGUUGCUGAUACAGUUAAUAAGUGGGUUGCUGAACAUACUAACGGUAUGAUAAAUAAAUUGCUAAAGAGAGAAGAUAUAUCCCCCAGUCUUUCCCUUCUUUUAGUCAACGCUAUAUAUUUUAAAAUUAUAGAAUUACCAUACCAAGGCGAGCAAUCAGCUAUGAUCAUAGUACUGCCAAAUGAAAAGAACGGUUUACCAAUAUUGUUACGAACCUUGAAGAUGUCUUACGAACUAUUGAAUAUCGCAUUAAUGAAAAUGAAAACGGCACAUGUCGACGUAGCAAUACCUAAGUUCAAGAUAGAAACAACCAUUAACCUUAAAAAAUAUUACAAAAAGAUGGGAGUCAAAUAUUCUUUGGUUCAGGAACAGUCAGGACUCAAAAAAGUAGUCAAACAUCAUACAGUACAUAUCUCAGACGCAGUGCAAAAAGCAAUUAUAGAAGUAACUGAGACAGGAACGGUGGCAGCGGCAGCUACUGCAACUCAUCAAGUGUUGGCUGGUCAUGCGGUCCAGCGUCCCCGAUUUGUUGCUGAUCAUCCCUUUUUAUUUUACAUCAGAGCUAUGCACGAGCAGUUAUUUAGUGGCAUCGUAAUCACGCCUUCAGAAUUUUAUGGUUAA